UUGAGUUCAGAUGAAACGGUCAAAUUAGUAUCUUAAGGUCAUUUUAUCCAUAUUUUUUAAUAGAUAAUUUAUUCCUAUAAUUUUUGUAUUUCUUGUGCAUGGCGAAGGUUAUACACACUAGCUAUAAGGGCGGUUGUAGUGAUUAGGGUGCCGCUGCGGUCGCUCUCUUUUGUCCCAUAAUGGCGGCUGCGAGGCUCCGCACCGGACUCCGCCGCAAUAGCCUUCUGUCGUUGUUCGAAACCUGCCGCCUUCGAGAUCUCCUCUUCUCCUCCUCUGCCGGCUCUGCCGCCGCCGUAGGCGGCACCAUAUCUCCAGAUCCCCACUUCAUGGUGGAAUACCUCGUGAACUCCUGCGGGUUCUCCCCCUCCAAGGCAGCCAAGUUCUCUAAACCACUUGCGCACCUCCGAUCCAUCGAGAAACCUGAAGUCGUCCUUAACUUCAUGAUAUCCCAGGGCUUCGAUGGCGUUGGUAUCAGGAAGUUGAUAUCUUGGAAUCCCAAAUACAUGUGCUUCAACGUGGAGACGAACCUCACCCCGAAGUUUCAGUUCUUACGCGAUUUGGGCCUAUCGGAGUCGGACAUCGUCGUUGCCAUCGUGAAGAAUCAUGACAUCCUCGGCCUCAACGUUCACCGUUCCUUCGUUCCCAGAUUGGAGAUGUGGGAAAGUCUCUUGGGAUCGAGGGAGCUCGUUCUCAAGCAUCUCAAGAAGACAAGAUCGUUUUUCUCCUCCGGCAUUGAGAAGAAAUUGCAUCCUAACCUAAAGUUCUUGAGGGAUGAGUGCGGCAUUCCUGAAGAAAGGGUCUCUCUCAUCUUGAGAAGUCAUCCACAAUUAAUCUUUCAGAAACCAGAGUCACUCCGAGCUUUGGUGGCGAGAGCCGAUGAGCUGGGGACGCCACGGCUAUCUCGGAUGUUCGUGCGGACACUUGUUGCUCUCCACAAGGUAAGCAAAGAAAGGUUCGAGGCCAAGGUCGAGCUCAUGAGGAGCUUCGGGUGGUCGGACUCGGAGUUUUCUUCUGCAGUCUGGAAAGCACCCACCUUCUUAUGUAUCUCCCUCGAUAUGUUGUGCAGAAAAGUGGAAUUUUUUUAUCAAUGUAGUCGGUUACACCACUUCCUUCAUCGCCGACAAAUCAUAUCUCUUGCUAUUUUGUCUGCAGAAGAGGGUAAUUCCUCGGUUUCGUGUCACAGAGAUGUUGAAAUCGAAAGGAUUGCUGACUGGACAAGCCAAGUUUCCAUACAUUCUCACAUUAUCAGAUACCAAAUUCUUGGAGAAGUUUGUUCUCCCUCACAAUGAAAAUGUUCCUGAGCUGCUCGAUAUUUUGAGAGUUGAGGGCGUGUGUAAAGGAAAAUGAUACCUUUCAUUUGGUAUCGGAGGCUGAGAAAGGGCUUAGCUGAUGGUCUAAUUUGCCAACGACGAAGCUUUGCUUGCAGGUUGUAUGGACUUUUCUCUGAUCAUCAAAACUUGAGUAUGCUCUCCUGAAAUGUCUUCAGCCUCCUUUGGAAUUGCUAAAGCUUUUCCUGCAUCAACAAACUUGUGAUUCGAGCAGCAGAUCUCUUCAUUCUUGGAGUUCAUUGUUGGAUUUGGUGGAUGCAACUUCUCAUCCACCCUUUGUAUCAUGGCUGAAGCUUCUGCUCUACCUGAAAGCCUUGGGAAGGCUAAGUGAAUUGCGAUGAUUCGCUGGUUCCUUAAGAAUAUUUUGGAUGACAUCUUAUCUCUCUGUUCAAGUCUUUAUGUUGUCGAUGUGGUUUAUGUUUCCCGGCGUCAUGAAUGACGUGGCUUGUCGGCUAGUCAAUUUUUCCUCUUCUAA